GCCCUGGGAGCACAGCGGGGGGAGGAAAGGCCCGCGGUGAUGUCUGCCGCCAAGGAGGAAGAUGUCUGCAAUCACGUGAAGGUGGUAGUCCGCGUCCGCCCGGAGUCGCAGAAGGAAAGGGAUGGCAACUUCAGCAAAGUUGUUCAUGUCGUGGACCAGCAUAUCCUGGUCUUCGAUCCCAAGGAGGAGGAGGUUGGCUUCUUUCACAGGAAGAAGCUGGUCCACAGGGAUAUUAACAAAAGAGCGAAGAAAGAUCUUAAAUUUGUGUUUGACGCUGUUUUUGCGGAAAGCUCAUCCCAGCUGGAAGUCUUUGAGCAUACUACUAAAACUGUCCUUGAUGGCUUCCUAAAUGGCUAUAACUGUACAGUGCUUGCAUAUGGUGCAACAGGAGCUGGAAAGACUCACACGAUGCUAGGUUCUCCUGAAGAUCCUGGAGUGAUGUAUUUAACCAUGAUGGCACUUUAUAAUUGCAUGGACCAAAUAAAAGAAGAUAAAAUAUGCAAUGUCGCUGUGUCUUAUUUAGAGGUCUACAAUGAACAGAUCCGCGAUCUCCUGGUGAACUCGGGACCUCUAGCUGUUCGUGAAGAUACCCAGAAAGGGGUGGUAGUUCAAGGGCUAACGUUACAUCAGCCUAAAUCAGCAGAGGAAAUCCUUCAAAUGUUGGAUUAUGGAAAUAAAAAUAGAACACAACAUCCUACAGAUGUAAAUGCCUCCUCUUCUCGGUCCCAUGCUGUAUUUCAGAUUUAUCUAAGGCAGCAAGACAAAACAGCUAGUAUUAGUCAAAAUGUGCGCAUCGCCAAAAUGUCCCUCAUUGACCUGGCAGGAUCUGAACGUGCCAGUGCUACAAAUGCCAAGGGGGCUCGUUUUAGAGAAGGAGCAAAUAUUAACCGCUCCCUCCUAGCUCUCGGAAAUGUCAUUAAUGCCUUGGCUGAUCCAAAGAGCAAGAACCAGCAUAUUCCUUAUCGAAACAGCAAGCUCACACGUUUAUUGAAAGACUCCCUUGGAGGAAAUUGCCGAACAAUAAUGAUAGCUGCUGUUAGUCCUUCUUCUAUGUUCUAUGAUGAUACUUAUAAUACACUUAAGUAUGCAAACAGAGCAAAGGAUAUUAAGUCUUCUUUGAAGAGCAACGUUGUUAGUUUUGACAGCCACAUAAGCCAAUAUGUUAAAAUUUGCAAUGAACAGAAGAAAGAGAUCAUAAUGUUGAAAGAGAAACUGAGAGCAUAUGAAGAACAGAAAGCAAGCGUUGUUAAAAAUUACGAUGCUGCAGUACUUUCAAACCAUCAGCAAGAGGAAAUAAAAAGAUACCAAGAAAUCCUUAAAAAUGUGUUUGCAAACCGUGAAGAAAUCAGAAAAGAAUACCUGAAGCUGGAAAUGCAACUGAAAGUAAACACAUUGAAAACACAUUACCAGAAACAAUAUCAUGAACAAAUCCAACUAAUGUGCUCUGAAGAAAGAGUAGAAAAGGCCACUUCUAAGCGGGAUAAUAGGCUCGCAAGGCUUAGAACCUGCUGCGCACACAUGCAGAAGAAGAAAGAGGAGGAGAUGGAACGCUUUGAGGAAAAUUCCAAUUGGCUGCAUCGAGUUGAAAACGAAAUGCGCCUCCUGGGUCAAGAUGGGAGUAUUCCAAAGGAACUAUGUAAAGAUCUUCAGUGUUGCCAUUUAAACCUAGAAGUUAAGGACCUGAAAGCACAAAUUGAGCACAUGUUAUCACUAGUGUCCCUUCAAGAUCAGCAUUAUAAGCAGACGGAAAAAGUACUAAAUACUUUGCUUCCCGUUCUUCGCAAGCAAUAUCUGAUGUUAAAAGAAGCUGGUUUGUCAAAUGCUUUAAUUGAGACCGAAUAUGGGGAGGUUGAGCAACUGAUUCAAAGGCAAAAAUCAGUAGUUUGGGCUGACCAGACUGGAGAAGAGGAAGACAAUCAAAACCGUGAGCUAGAAGUUUCAACGAUUUUUGCAUUUCCAGAACUUGUGAACAGACAGAACACCCCAUGCUGUACAACUUCUGGUACACCAUCACCAGAAAUGAAGAAAAAUACACAACUGGUGGAACUUGAAGUACCGCAACAGAAGAGAACUAGGCGGAAGCUAAUGGACUCUCCGGUCACAACUCCAAGUCCUGCUGCAUCCAAGCGAUACAGACUCCCUCAUCUGGAGGAUUCUCUAAGCAAGGAGGUUCGCCCCAUCAUCUAUACGCCAGAAUCUUGCAGAAGAUCAGUACAAAGCUGCAGUAUGCAGACUGUGGUAAAGCAAGACUUACACCUUUCAGGCCCUCAGGAAGCGAAUGAAUGCAAUACAAGUAUGCAGCUGAAAAAGGCCAGUGUUAUGGACUUGACAUGUGAUGUUAUCCCAGAGUGUGAUGAAGCUGAUGUGGACUCAACAGUAAUCCUCUAUGAAAGGACAGGUGAAACAAAUGAAGCUUCUGUUGACUCAUCUGUAAAGCAGUCACAGCCAUGCAGCAGUAGCAUUCUGCAAAGAUUUGGUCUCUCUUCCUUGAAAAGCAAAGAUUCUACCUCAAUACUUGAGAAGCCCUCAUAUAUGGCAAUGACUUCUGCUGCUGAGAGAAAACGAAAGGUAUUAAGUUCUACGUCAAACACUGGGUUAGGUAGCCUGAAAGAAGAAGUUUCUGCAAAACGUGUUCGACAGGAGAUUGUGUUAAGCAGUCGAGUUUUGCGAGUACCCAAAAUGGCAGGAAUUGGAAGAAGGAGUUGGAAGGAAGAACGGGCUGUGUCAAGAAAUCUUGCUAGAAGCCUUUCUGAAGGAAAUGUAGCACUUGGUGCUAAAUCAAGGACAUCAAAAAAUCUUCUACUUCAUGUUUGCAAGAAAAAAAAUAGGAUUUAGGUUCAUCCGUAAUUCAAGCCAGUUUAAUGUAAAGCAAGUGAGAACAGUGACUUUGCUUUCCCUCUUGUGAAUUUUUUUGUCUGUCAAUAAAGAUGUCUCAGUAAUACAGAACUUCAAAAAA